ACAUUAUUUUUUAUCAUGGCUUCCGAAGCAAAACAGAGAAAAAUUGAUAACUUUUUUGUGGUUAAAACACCUGUACCGACAAAGAGCUUGGUGCAACCAAUAAUCGAAGACAUUAUUUCUGCCGUUUUAAAAAAUAAAAAGUCGCAUGUGGCUGUCACAGAAUCUACCAUUGAAAGUUGGAAAAAAUCGUAUCCUUGGAUAAAACUUACUGAAAAGGACAAUGACGUGCGGCUAAAAUGUUGUAUUUGUGAGAAAUUCAGUGCUGGAAAUGUAUGGGCCAAUGAUGGAGGUGUUAAUAUCCAGAAAUCAGCGAUUGACAGGCACUGUGCUAGUGAAGAAUACAUCGAGGCAUGGCAGAAGGACAUUAAAAGUUCAACUUGUUGUAGUUCACACAGUGAGGGAGAUGAUGACCUAAAAGACCUGGACCAGCCAGAUAUUUCACUCUUCAGGACAGUAUACUCGUUAAUGAAAAACGAAAUUCCAAUUAACCAGUUAGAUGCCAUGCUGGAGUUACAGAGGCUUAAUGGUGUUGAAAUGCCAUACAAAAACUUAAGCUGGACCACAGUGACAGAAAUUCAGGACAUUAUAGCUGAUAAUUAUAAGAAAGACCUGAUUACUGAAAUCAAUACUUCAAACUUCUAUGCAUUACUUCUUGAUGAAAGUACUGAUAUUACUGUGAGCAAAAGGUUGUCAAUAUGUGUUCGCUAUGUCAGAAAUGGCCAAGCAGUAACUUCCUUUUUGGCUAGUACUGAAAUCCCUGAUGGUUGUGCAUAUACUAUUGUUGAAUCAGUGCAUAAAGUCAUUACAUCUUUAGGGUUGGAUUUGACAAAGUGUGUAUCACUUGCUACUGAUGGAGCCAGUGUAAUGACUGGAAAAAAAACUGGUGUAGGUGUGCAGCUAAAGUCAAAAUUUUGUCCGUUUUUGACGCAAACACACUGCAUUGCACAUAGGUUCAAUUUAGCUAUAACUGAUGCUAUAAAGAACAAUGACACUAUGAAAAAAUUAAGAGAAAUGUUUCAAAGCUUAUAUAACUUUAUGUCCUCAUCAACUAAAUGGAUUAAUACACUUAAAGCCAUGCAAGAUUUGCUGAAUGAACCAGAAAUAAGUAUUAAAGAACCUCAUUCUAUCCGUUGGUUAGGGCUUAAACGUUCAGUUGAAGUUGUGUACGACUGUUUUGGAUCAUUACUAGCUGCGCUUUCUAAUUUGGCAACUGAAAAUUCUACUGCCAAAGGGUUGUUUAAAUACUUCUCUACCUAUAAAACUGCUUUGCUGAUUGGACUAAUGCUUGAUAUACAUACAGAAUUAGGGAUACUGUCAUGUAAUAUGCAGCAACAGAGCCUUGUUUUCUCUGAUGUUUUUCCCUUAAUUGAAGGUACUGUUGGCAAACUAGAAUACAUGAAAUCUCAUGAAGGCAAUGGUUUGUAUGAAAUGAGAAAGACCAUUGAUAUUUCUGAUGACUCUGGGCCCUCCUAUAAUGGGGAACCUUUGAAGAAUUACAAAAAGGAAAAAUCAGACAGUGAAUUUGAAACUGUAAAAUUAGCAUACAUUGAUAGUUUGACAAACAAUAUUAAGAAGCGAAUAAGAAAAGAUGAUUCUGUGGUUUUAAGCAGUCUAGGGCUUCUCCUUGAGCCAUUAUCAUUCACCAUAUCAGACCAAAAUGCUCUCCAGUGUAUCACCAAGCUGUAUUAUGAGCCAAAAGUCACCAAAACAAGAGCCGUCUCCAUAGGAUGACACAUGCCCCCGAUGGCACUUUGAAUGAAUAGUUAUGGCCGAUGUUAGAGUUUAGGACCUUUGACCUACGGAGCUGGGUCUUGCGCGCGACACGUCGUCUUACUGUGUCACACAUUCAUGC